AUGGAUGACUAUAAAUUUCUAUUUAAAGUUGUUCUAGUGGGUAAUGCUGGAGUCGGGAAAACUUGUUUGGUUAGACGUUUUACACAGGGCCUUUUUCCUCCUGGUCAAGGAGCAACAAUAGGUGUAGAUUUUAUGAUUAAAACACUUGAAAUUGACAAUGAAAAAGUCAAAUUACAAAUAUGGGAUACUGCAGGUCAGGAACGUUUUAGAUCUAUUACUCAAAGCUAUUAUAGAUCAGCACAUGCUUUAAUAUUAGUUUAUGAUAUAAGUUGUCAGCCAACAUUUGAUUGCCUUAAUGACUGGUUAAGAGAAAUUCAAGAAUAUGCCAGUAGUAAAGUCCUUAGAAUUCUAGUGGGCAAUAAAAUCGAUAGGGAAGAUAGAGAAAUACCUACCCAUGUCGGAGAAGAUUUUGCCCAAAGAAAUUCAAUGUAUUUUAUUGAAACAUCAGCAAAAGAAGCUGAAAAUGUUGAAAAAUUAUUUAUGGAAAUUGCAGCUGAACUAAGAGAACAAGCAAAAAGUAAAGAACUUGUUAGGUAUGAUACAGGGAGCACAAAUCUUCACAGUAAAACAACAUCAGUAGGAGAAAACAAUUGCUGUAGCAGAUCAUAA